UCUUGCCACGUUGGCAGUGUUCUACGAGCAUGGGUAUUAUUUUACUAUUCGUUAUUGGCGUGCUGCGUUGAUAACUGUGCAGUGAUUUCAAGUGUUUGAGUUUCGACGUAGUAAUUGCCUUAAUUAAUGUGGCGUCAUUCUUGAAAAUAUAAGAAACAUUUGCUCAUUGUUAAUGGGAUUAACAGAAGAAUGGAAAUGGUCGGGGGAGGUCAGGUAAUACCUGAAUCAUAAUGGAGUGAGAAGGUUCAAACCGGUUACUGGCUCCGUUGUAUCUUUCUGGGGUGGGGCGAGCAUCCAAACGUCUGAACUAUCGGCUUUUGCACUCAUUCUUGGACUCUAGCACAUUGUCCACUCCGAAACGCAUGUUUUGCGUACUUUCUUCAGUAAAAAGUUGUUUUUUCUCUGGUGGUAGUGAAUAUUUUUUUUAUCAUUAAUUAGUGAACUUGACCGAUUAAAGGUUGGACUAUUAAUCGGGACAAUAUGACAUCGUCGGCUCCAGACAUGAGCCUGAUGGAUCUUCUCUUCGACAGAGAAGAUCCUGUGUUAAAAGGAACUCUGAAGGAUGAAAUUCUCAUGGAGGAUAAUUACAGUGACCCUAUUGCGACUGAAGAAUGGCCAACAAAUACAGACGAUCUUCUAGACUCAAUCUUCAAGUUGGAUGAUAAUCAAUUCAAUUUAAUUGAUAAUGAUCUGGACACGAUUCCGUCGUCUUCUUCAGAUAGUGGACUAUCUAGUGCUUUAAGUCUCACUUGUGAACAGCAGUUGAGCCCAUUACUACCAAUUGAAGAAGACCAAGUUGAGAUCAGCCAUGAUAAUCUAAGCAGUCCACAGAAUUUCAUGGACUUCCAUUCUCUAGGAAGUCCUAAUGAUUCUGUGGGCAGUGUUGACAGUCCCAUUAGAUCAGUAAUGAGUUCCAAUCUUGGUUCUCCAGCGACUGAUGUCACUGAAGAAAUGGAAUUUGAGCCAACUCUUGUUACAGCUGUAGAUCCCAAUGUUGUAGAAGGGUAUACAGAACCUGUAGAAGUAAUUAAACAAGAGCCUGUUGUUGACUUUGAGCCGGUCAUCAAACCAGUUCAGAAACAAGAAACAACAAUAAAUCUAAGAAAUUUGACGUGCAAUGGAAAAAGAAACAUUAGACAAUUAAUUCGAGUAACUCCAGUAGGUUCAGGAAAUCCAAGAUCAAUUUUAUUACCUGUAAGUUUGAAAGACAUGAAAGAAGUGCAUACAAUAAAAAUUAUAAAUGCAGCACAAGCAAGAAACUUGAAAGGUUUCAAAAUAAAUCAAAGCAAUGUUAUUAGUAAAGCUAUACCGGUAAAUAUAAAGCAAGAAGAUACUGCCAGUGAGAAGAGUGUUCAAUCAAGCGAUGAAGUAUCAGAAACUGAAUCUCUUUAUCCCAGAUUAAAACUCAAUGCUGAAGAGAAGCGUCUUCUUCAGAAAGAAGGAAUUACCUUACCUACACAUUAUCCAUUAACGAAGCACGAAGAAAGAGAAUUAAAGAGAAUCAGACGUAAGAUUCGCAAUAAAAUUUCCGCACAAGAUUCACGUAAAAGGAAAAAGGAAUAUGUCGAUGGGCUUGAAGAUCGAGUUAAACAGUGCACGGAAGAGAAUAUGAGUCUUUUAAAACGUAUCAAGGUACUUCAAACCCAAAAUCAGAGUCUAGCAGGACAAUUAAAGAGAUUACAGGCUCUGAUUCAGAAGGGUAACAAGAGUGCUCAACCUGCUACAUGUUUGAUGGUCUUGCUUCUUUCUUUGGCUCUUGUUGCUGUUCCGAACCUCAGACCACACUCUAAUAACAGUUCCAAUGAACUUUCAAGGAAACAGGAACAAUCUGAAAAAAUGCCUCCUCUUGCAGGUCGUUCGAGAAGCCUGUUGUUCACAAAACAAUUAGUAGAUGAAGAACUGCAGCAAUAUGGAGAGGAAUUGCUUCAGGAAGUCGAGGGUCUUCUAGACCAUGACUAUAGUCCAAUAAUGCAAGUUCCGCUCUACAAACGACCUCGCUAUGACUCUGAACAAUCAACUAAAUACGGAUCAUCUUUAGAUCACACAGAUGGAACAUUCACAAAAAAAUCUGAACUUCCAGAUACGAAGUUAAGCAAAAAAUACAUUGAACCACCACUUGACGAUGUAUGGCCUCCACCGAAGCCUGGUGAGGUAUCUUCAGUAAAAAUUGUUGAUAAACUCGAACCCAUAACAAACGAGUUUAAAAUUAAUAUCUCAGAUGCAGACGGUACUCGAACAGUGGUGGUAAAGGUACCUCAAGACCAAUAAAAGUUAUUUGAUUUUUUUAUAUUUUUAAAUACCAUGUAUUGCCAUUGCUGUCAACAUGAUACAUCCAUAGUUAUGAAAAAUUUUAUCUAUGCUUAUCUAUGAAUAUUUUUUUAUAAAAUUUAUCAUAAUGAUCAUUAAGAAUGAGUAACGAAUACUAGUUAUUAAUUACAAUAAUUCUUGAUAUUUUUAAAAUUAGAUAAACAAUUUCAGUUUUAUUUACUGUAUAGAGUAAAUUAAGUUUGCGUAAUGUAUGUUCUUAAAGAAUACAUUUCUGAAGAAAAUAAUAAUUUACUGACUGCAAAAGUAGAUAACAAAUAAUUGCUAGAAGAAAAUCUAUAUGACAUAAAUAUAGUUAUUCUAGAAAUAAUUGUAAAUAUAAUUAUGUUAAUAAUUUACGCGUAAAUGCUGAUUUUGUAAGUGGAAGAAUGAAAGAGUGAUAGUGGGAGAAAUAAUUAAAUUUCAAUGUUAAUGUUUUAAAUGGAAUUUAUCGAAAUAUAAUUCGAUGAUAAAUAGUUAUAGAAAUAACUUUAAAUGAGAACUCUAAGAUAAUUGAAAUGCAAAACGAUCUUUAAUACUUCGUUGAAUAGUUAAAUUUAUAUAAUUGAUAAAUAACAGAGCUAUUCAUUCAAGUAACUCUAGAAUAUUGUAAAGAGGAGUAAUGAUUUUAUAUACCAAUAACUAACCACAAAUAUAAGCAUAAUAUUAUCUAUAAAAUGUCGAUGCUUUGUGUGUAAUGAAAGCUUAAAGACUGUGUCCAAUUGUAAAAGUUUACUAACAGUAAUUAUUGUAAGGUCAAUUUAUCUUUCAUCUUAUUCUAACGAAAUUGUGAUUGCUUGGAAGGCUAAUUCAUCUUUUCAUUCAAAUGUUUAUUUACAAACAUCUUUCCCAUAUAUUUGUAAAUAAAAUUAUAGUUUUUAGUAAAUUCAUUCAUUCAUAGUGCAAAAUUGUAUUUGCAUAACGAAAAAUAUAAAUAAUAAUAUAUCAAUAUUUAAUACGUAAUACGCAUUUAUCAACCUGUAUUACAUAAUAAAUUUGAUAUAUUAUGUUUUUAUUGUUUGAAAGUUUCAAAGGUACUUAGGAUAAGUACAUGUUAUUAUUAUUAAAUGAAACAGGAUGACUACUAUGCAAAUAAAGGAUUUAGAUAUUUAAAAAAACGUGAUGUCGAAACAUAAUUAUAAAAAUUAGAUAUUAAGUUGUUUUUAUCACUGAAUCAUACUGAGCAUAUGAACCAUUUUUAUUUGUUAUAAGAAUUAAGUUAUCGAUAAAGUUUUGGCAAUAUUUCAUUACAAUAUUAUUAAAUGAUCAAUAUUAAGAAGAAUUGCAAAAUUUUUUACAAUUUGCCACCUAAAUAAUUGUACUACUUGCUACAUUUUGUAACAAGACAUUCUAUUAUUAGUAUCUUCCUACACAUUCCUAUUUUCUCUGUAAUAUAUUUAAUUAAUCAAUGGAGUUAUAUUUUUGCACACAAUGAAUUUCAAGAGAAUUAUUAUUCACAAUGAGU